AUGGCUAAACCCUUCAUAUCAGCCUACAAAGCUGGCUCAACGCUCCCAUCAAACUGCCUCGAGGAAGAAAAACUAAUAUACUGGUAUCGGCCAACUCCCAAAUCAACGGACUGCAAUGCGACGGACACAACCAUACGAAGCGCCGACAACGGCGGUGAUAGCUUCCUCGCUGCCUGCAGCCGCCCAGAUGGCGCAAACACAAUGCAAGACUCCGUCUUCGUGGUCACACAGCUAAAGCAGCCAGCACUAGUGGCGGUGACGUCGGGCAUGAACAUACAGACGUUUCAUGCACCGGCAGGGAUACGAGCAUGGACGGUGCCAAUGAGCGUUGGUGCCCAGUCAUUCCACGUCGAGAGGAAUGGGAAGAUGGUCGAUGAGCUGUCUGGGACUAGUCUAAGGGAUAUUGUCGACAAUUGCAUCUGUGGUAUAUACAAUUUUAAUGCUUAUGUCGGGACGUUGCCUGCUGAUGCGGAGGUUGAUCGGCUAGCGCCUGAUGGGAGGGCGCUUUUAAAGCAGGGAUUGAGGGUGCCUUGCCCCCUAAUAAACUGA